ACCCAUUCAGUCAUCUUGCAACGGUGCUAGCAGGCAAACGGAAAAUUCAAUCGCUAGUGAAUGUGUGGUUAGUCGGUUAGUGAGAAGAGGUUUUUUUGUGUGUGCAUUCAUCCAUUCAAUAGUUUUGCGGAAAAGAGCAACAUAAGAGAAAGAAACUCCAAUGAAAAUCGUGUGCGUGUAUGGAGAAACCCACAAAGGAUUUACGAUGAAAAGCGAGGCUCAAAGGCACCAGGCGUGAGUUGAGCGCUGCGUAGAUAGCUGUAUUAUUCAAAAAAGUAAAAAAAAAACAUAAAGAAAACGUUCCUCAAACGAAUGUUUCGUUCGUGCUAUUCAAUGUGACAUUCAGUGUGGGCCUGUGAAAGGCGUACGAAGUGUGUGUAAGUCUUGCACCAAGUGGAAUCGUUUCGUUCAAGUUUUUCGUGCGGCGUAUCGUUAGAAAAAGCACGUACGCAGUCCUACGAUGGGCGACGGCAUCGCUUGCUGCGCCGGUCUACUAAGUGCCCAGAGAGAAACCCCCAACGGUGACGAAAAUUUUCGAUAGGGAAAAUUGGGGCCUCACGACAAAAUAAAGGCAUUCAAAGUAAGGCGCACCCCCCUCCAUUAUAGCGUGGCUUUUUCGUGCAGAGCUUUGAAGAAGAAAAAAAACAAGAAAUAUACAAAAAGAUCUUUUUUUCUGAAAAAGAAUCCUGAGUCACGAAUAAAAACCAUAACAACUCGCUGGCCAUCUACAACUUAGUUUGUGCAUCAGUGUAAAGUGUAGUGAGACUAUGGUGAAACAUUUCAUCAUCCGGUUUGGUAUUCCAGUAGCAACAAAGUGAUUGGAAAUUUUAUUUGCUGUGUAAGUGUGUAAACGAUUGUAAGAAGAAGAAAAAGUUUCCCCACGCUAGUGUGAUCCCGUGACAAAAUCAAAAAUAAUCCCAUAUCACGCGCAAGCCAAACCCCGUGCGGUGCAGUGCGAAAUUUCUUCUCUAGAUUUUUGCACAAAGAAAAGAAAGGUGGUGUGUGAGAGUGUCUGUGUGCGUAUGUGUUUGUGUGUGUAUGAUAGUGUGUUUUUGUGCCACAAGUUCUUUCUUUGCAACCACCACCAACUCCUGCAUUGGAGUAUUGUAAAAGCAGGCUGCAUUCGACGGUACAUCCGUUCACACUAGCUGUGUCGUAGCAAACCGAUCCCUCUUGCAUUCGAGUUUGUUUUUGGGAGACCGGUUUAGACAGAAAUUAUCCGUGGCCGCAGCUUAAGCGAUUCUGGUGCAAGAUGCAUUCGGUCGGCAUCCAUUCGGCGCUUGCCAUCAAGCGGCAGCGCAAGAGACGCGACAAUCAGCGCAAGGCCCGGGAGCGCCGCUACAGCAUACAGAGCUCGGAAAGCGGUGACACCCAUUCGCCGCACGGUUCGACACGUCGAAAAUUUCACCCCCAGAAAGUGCACAUCACCGAUAAUAAUAAUUUAGAUACGAAAGUAGUCACCAGCAUUGGUAUGCUGCACAUAGGAGUCGUGUUCGUAGUUUUCGGAAUCUUUUUACUAGGCGCUGGAUUUUUUCCAGAUAAUCUAUCCAAUCAACCGCAACAAUCGUGGCACCUGCUAGGCAAAGGCUCCUGGUGGAAUGAACUGAUCUGCACGGGCCUGUUUGCCGUCGGUCUGGGCAUAUUUCUAAUCAUUCUCAACUGUGUGAUAAGUAAUCGGGAGGAGCAGGAUCUCGAGAGCUACGUCCAGCGGCAGCUGACACGUUCCCGGUCCGGUCAUCGACUGGAGCGUGACGUCGAGACGGGCGGACUAACCACACGCCAUCAUCGCAAAGCCAUGCAGAUACAGAAGGGUGCCGCCGAACGGGGCCUGGACGAUCUUUCCAACUCGAAUGUGCUGCUGACACCGACCAGCAGCGAAGUGGUUACCCCGACAACACCGUCCGGAGUUCUGGGUGCUUCUGGUGAGAUACUGUUGGAGAAAAUUUUGGAAGAGGACAGCAGCUACGGCGACGCGGACUACUACUCCCGGAACGUGGGGCAAUCGCCUCCCGGUGCAGAUAACGAUAAACGACUUCUGCUGGGCAACGGGCAUACUGGCGCCAUACACAUGACCGACAUCUAAAAGCGGAGUAAAAGAGCGAGAGCGAGCGAGCAGGUGGCACGUGUGCAGCGUUGCGUAUCGGUAGGCUGACGCGAAUUGUGAUGACGAUUUUUGUAGUUUUGGUAGAGCUUUUUGCUGGUGGGUUUGAGGGGAUUGGGGAGGUGUAAUGAGAGAGGGAAAUUAAAAUGGAAUCCCUCAGCGAAAUAAAAACACACUGUUUACAUCUUUUUCUGUCAUUACGUUCGGAUUUUGUGGAAUGAUCUUCAAAUGUUACAGAACUUGUAGGUGAUAGUACAAGUAAAAUGUAGUUUUUUUUAUUUCAAAUCUUCAAAAACAUAACUGCUAAAAAAAUAAUCACUAAAGUUGAUCCCAGGCUGCCCAGAAAAUGACCAUCCUAUCCAUUUUUAUUUAUGGAGAGAACCGAAAUCAACUAAGCACUAUUAAGGCAAGCCAGAAUCUCGUUUAAUACGUAGAAACGGGGGAAGAUAAAUCUUGUCCACUGCUUCCCGUUUUUAUCCCUCCUGCCGGGCGCCAUAAAAUAAUCGAUGAUGAAGUGUGGGUGCGCUCAGUAAAGUAUAAGAAGGAACGUACGAACCAGCCAACAUAAAAAAAACAUAGUCAACCAGUUGAUUGAUUGACAUCCGCUCGAAUCAAAUUAAAUUCCCACUGAGAUUAAUCACCACGUGAUCAUCAUCAUGAUCGGGAGAGCGGGAUAAGGGAAAAUCACAACCAGACAGUGUGGAGAAAGCAGGGAAAGCUCAUGAACGCAUUAACGCACCGUACGCGUAACACACAGUAAGCGCAAUAAAAAACAAAUCCCGAUAAACAACCAUCAUCAUAUCGCGCAUUUCGCCCAAUAUGCUUCAGACGCGCUCAGUAAGCUUUUUGGCCUUUAUUUUCGUGCGGCUUGACGGAUUCGGCCUCGUUUGGCAAGUUAACUAAAUGUUUAGCAGGAACAAAAAGAGAAACUACUAAAGCUUCAUACAUAUAUAUUCGGCUAAUCACGACAGAUGUUUCUAUUUUACACAAACGAAAGUCUCAUAUUGUACGAAAAACACGGAAAAAUAUUUACGACACAGAGUGUGAGUGUGUGUAUGUAUAAGUGCUGAUUUUUAACACUCAUCGUAAGAACAUUGAUGUUGUAAGCAAGACUGGGUCAAGAGGUAUUGAAAGGUUAAAAUAUGUCUCCAUUAAUCGUAUACAUGAAUGUGAAUGGCGUUUAGUACCUUUUUGAUGUUGUGCAUGUAUUUUAUUUACAUUUCAUCUACCAUUUACCAUCACAGCACGUGGAACAGUGACAGAGGUGUGCGAUACUGCAGAACAGUAAUGCGAUCAAACAUAAAUCUACUUGUUAACACAACAACGGGAACGAUUUAAGGAUAUGGCGUAAGCCAACGUGUAACGCUGAGAAUAAUGAGGGAGAAAGAAUUGUAAUUAAAUAUGAUAACAUGAUAACGCCACUUCUAUACUUGCUAUAUGCGAUAGGAUAGGAAAGCUACUGAAAAGUUACCAACACAGGAUCAUCGAUAGAAGUAAAACAGUGCUGCGUGAACACGCUCUUGGCUCAUCAGCGCUCAUACCAACCUUUCUUUUUUCUACAAUAUUUAGUACGAUCAUCAAUAGAUGUAAACAGAACCUGGUGCGCUUAAUAAUCAGUCUUCUGUUUCAUUUCUACGUGCAGCACAGCAACAGUAGUAGAAACAAGCAUUUGCCUUACCGGCUCAACGUCUCUUUGCGUAUCAGCAAACUUACAGUACCACAUGCAUUUAACAAAUUCGCAGUUAAGUAGUAAAUGGCUUCAUGGGCUACAUACUUGCGACAAAACAAAACAAAAAAAAACGAUCGAUAAUUAGUUAAGAAAAGGAAAAUAAUAGACAUUUUUCUCUGAACGCUGAUGGAACACAACUGUACACCAAAGAAACGCGUUUCGGGCAGCAUUUCCUAUACCAAUACCGCAAACAAUCAGCAAGAAGAGGCGGAUAGUUAGUGAAAUGUGACAAAAAACAAACAAACAAAUAUACUCCACACACUGUAACUGUGUACAAUGA